AUGGAGGAAUUUAUAGAAGUAAAUGAAAUAUCCGAUUUCGUUUCUUAUAUACGUAGUAUUGAAUGGCGUGAUCCAUGGCUCAUUGCUCUCCUGUCUUUUCAUGUACUGGUCACAUUUACCUGCUUUUCAACAAGAAAUUACGGGAACUUUCAAGUUAUUCUCUUCAUAAUACUGUUGCUUUUGGUGUAUUUUUCGGAGAGUAUAAAUGAAGUGGCAGCCAGAAAUUGGACGUUAUUCUCGCGGCAGCAGUACUUCGACAGCAAAGGUCUCUUCAUAUCAGUUGUGUUCUGCAUUCCGAUCUUGCUCAAUUGUAUGAUAAUGGUGGGUUCUUGGCUCUAUCAAUCGACGCAGAUGAUGUCCAACUUAAAGAAAGCACAGUUACGGCAGCGUCUCAAAGAGCUAAAUAUGCACAGAGAACAGCAACAACGCCUGAUGAUGUCAGAGUAA